AUGGAGAGUUAUCCCAAGUUUUUCAAACACUUGAGCUGUCUCAGCACUGUUGACAAAGCUAAGAUGGCUGUAAACUCAGAGCUACCACCAUACUAUGAAAAUCAUGGUUAUCAGCCAGAAAACGUCUAUAUUUCCAGACAGCCUGUGGAUUCUAACGUGUAUCCACAGUACCCUCCUCCAUAUUAUCCUCCGUCAGUGCCACAUUAUGUCCCAAGAGUUCCUGUUCAUCAGUCAGCUCCCCCAGUAGUACAGCCAAAGCCUCCAUCAGCGAAAAUGUGCACAUCAGAAGUUAAGAAAGCUCUAUGCAUCAUUUUAUCUGUUGCAAUAAUACUAUCGGGUGCCAUAACUGCAGCUGUCCUUAUCUGGUAUUUUGUGGCCAAUAGCUGUCUUGGCUCAUCAAUAGAGUGUGGAUCUUCAGGAACAUGUGUCUCACCAUCUCAGUGGUGCGAUGGAGUGGCCCACUGUUCCAAUGGUGAAGAUGAAAACCGAUGUGUUAGACUCUAUGGACCAAAUUUUAUCCUAGAGGUCUAUUCAUCUAUCAGCAAAUCCUGGUAUCCAGUAUGCAAAGAUGACUGGAAUGAGAACUAUGGAAAGAUAGCUUGUAAAGACAUGGGAUACAAUGUAAAUACUUAUUACUCUAGUAAAGGAAUAACACCUGAAAGGGGUUUUACAAGCUUUAUGAGGUUGAAUACAAGUGCUGGGAACAUAGACCUAUACAAAAAACUGUAUAACAGUGACUCGUGUGUGUCUGGAGCAGUGGUAUCUCUGCGUUGCACAAAGUGUGGCUUAUCCCGUAAAAAUGCGAAUCCUGCGGGCAGAAUUGUGGGUGGCAGCGCUGCAGUGCUGAGGGACUGGCCGUGGCAGGUCAGCCUUCAAGUCCAAGGCUCCCAUAUAUGUGGAGGCUCCAUUAUCACCCCUGAAUGGAUAGUGACAGCUGCUCACUGUGUAGAAGGACAGUUUUCUUCUCCAUACUACUGGAGAGUGUAUGCUGGGAUUCUGAAGCAAACGGAAACGCGCUACGGAAGUGGAUCCAGAGUGGAGAAAAUAAUUUCCCACCCAAAUUAUGAUUCAGAUACUAAAGACAAUGACGUUGCCCUGAUGAAGUUACAGACACCGCUGACUAUUACUGACACUGUAGCACCUGUUUGUUUGCCUAACCCUGGAAUGAUGUUCCAACCUGAUCAACAGUGCUGGAUAUCUGGAUGGGGAGCAGAAUACCAAGGGGGUAAAACUUCAGAUGUCUUGAAUGCCGUAAUGGUGCCUUUAAUAGAACGUUCUAUGUGUAAUUCUGCCAAAUUCUAUAAUGGCUUAGUUUUGCCUACCAUGAUAUGUGCUGGGUAUCUGGAAGGAGGAAAGGAUUCCUGCCAGGGUGACAGUGGAGGUCCGUUAGUAACUGAGAAAAACUCCGUGUGGUGGCUAGUUGGUGACACAAGCUGGGGAACUGGCUGUGCCAGUCGCAGAAGACCUGGAGUUUAUGGAAAUAUGACUAUGUUCACCGACUGGAUUUACAGAAAUAUGCAGGCAAAUAGAUGAUCUUGCUGAAUCAUUUUCAAGAACAAUCCUAAAUGGAGCUAUGGCUUUCUUGGCUACCUUAUUAUGUACUUUUAAAAAGAAUUUCUAGAUCCUUACAAUUUUUUUUACUACUUGCAAAUAACCUGAAGUUUUGCACACUCAGUUCUGUGCUGGCUGCAGUGACUGAUCUAUUUAAUGAAGUAGAAGACUCACAACAAGCACCUUUCUCAUUAUGGUGCCUGGUGGCACAAAGUUGCUGUCAACUGGUAACUGACAUGUUCCUUUAGUUUUGUAGCUUCCAAGUUUAUAGGGUUUUCUAUAAUCACAUUUGUAAUUGAAAUAAUCCCUGUUUCAAUUACAAGCAGGGUGGUUUGACACUUGCUUUACUGGCAUAAUUUAAUUUAAAUGUAAGUAGUGGUGUAAAUCUGAAUCUCUGGGGUCCUAGUUGGUGACUUAAAGAGGAAAACACAUGGUGAAUGUCAGUCUGGGCAUUAUAGGUAAAGGGAAGCUGUUUUCGUGCAUUGGAGAGUAGAGGCAGGGAGAGAUGUCUUGGCAUAUAUUCAGGUGGUUAAAAAUCCUCAGGAUCUUUACAGGUGCGGUAACAGCCAGGGUGAUCUCUUUGGAUUUACCCCAACAUAAAUAGGAUCAGCAUUUAGCUCAGUAAUUGAAAAUGUGCCAUU